AUGGACCUGAGCGCGGCCGCCGCGCUGUGCCUCUGGCUGCUGAGCGCCUGCCGCCCUCGCGACGGGCUCGAAGCGGCCGCCGUGCUGCGAGCGGCGGGGGCAGGGACGGCCGGGAGUCCCGGGGGCGGCGGCGGUGUCGGCGGGCGGACUCUCGCCACGACUGCGGGCGCCUCCGCUGCCCCGGCCGCCGCGGCUCCCGGGGCCCGGGCUGCGCGACGCGCUGCCGGCUCCGGCUUCAGGAACGGCUCGGUGGUGCCGCACCAGUUCAUGAUGUCGCUUUACCGGAGCCUGUCCGGGAGGGCUCCGGCCGGGGCAGCCUCCGCCUCCACCUCGGGCUCUGGCCGCCACGGCCGCGCGGACACAAUCACCGGCUUCGCAGACCAGGCGACCCAAGACGAAUCGGCGGCCCAGACCGGCCAGAGCUUCCUAUUCGACGUGUCCAGCCUUUCCGACGCCGACGAGGUGGUGGGCGCGGAGCUGCGCGUGCUGCGCCGCGAGUCUCCGGAGCUGGGCUCCGGCGGCGCAACUCUGCCGCCGCUGCUGCUGCUGUCCACGUGCCCCGGGGCGGCCCGCGCGCCGCGCCUGCUGCACUCGCGAGCCGCCGAGCCCCUGGACGGCGCGCGCUGGGAGGUGUUCGACGUGGCGGACGCAGUGCGGCGCCACCGCCGGGAGCCGCGCGCCACCCGCGCUUUCUGCCUCUUGCUGCGCGGAAUGGCCGAGCCGGCGAGGGGCCCGCUGGCACUCCAGCUGCUGGGCUUCGGCUCGCGGGGUGGAGGCGGCGCCGCGGCGGAAGAGCGCGCGCUGCUCGUCGUCUCCUCCCGCACGCAGAGGAAGGAGAGCCUGUUCCGGGAUAUCCGAGCUCAGGCCCGCGAGCUCGGGCCCCCGCUGGCCGCGGAGCCACCGCCCGACCCGGGACCCGGCACCCGCUCGCCGAAAGCGGUCAUCGGCGGUCGCAGGCGGCGGCGGACAGCGCUGGCUGGGACGCGGGCGGCGCAGGGCAGCGGCGGGGGCGCGGGCCGGGGCCACGGGCGCAGGGGUCGGAGCCGCUGCAGCCGGAAGCCGCUGCACGUGGACUUCAAGGAGCUGGGCUGGGACGACUGGAUCAUCGCGCCGCUGGACUACGAGGCGUACCACUGCGAGGGCGUUUGCGACUUCCCGCUGCGCUCGCACCUUGAGCCCACCAACCACGCCAUCAUUCAGACGCUGCUCAACUCCAUGGCGCCCGACGCGGCGCCCGCCUCCUGCUGCGUGCCCGCGCGCCUCAGCCCCAUCAGCAUCCUCUACAUCGACGCCGCCAACAACGUGGUGUACAAGCAGUACGAGGACAUGGUGGUGGAGGCGUGCGGCUGCAGGUAGCAGGCGGGCCAGGCCGGGCCAGGGAACCGGCAGCCGAGGACCCCUUGCUGAAGAGCAGCAGUGGGCCAGGCCUGUCGUCGCCAAGCGUGGAUGUGCGUCGGGCUGUGGCCCCGCGCACGCACGGAAGAGGGAGAGCACACGUUCGCACUCACACCCACACGUUCACUCAUGCACACAUUUUCCGUGGAAGCGUCCGAAAGACCUGGGAAGAGAUGACCUGCCGCUACUGAAUGUCACAGCCAUGUAUAGUCUGCCAACAGAUCACCACUGCGCCCUCUGCCCCCUUUUGGGGAGAUGAUGGUGUUUGUGUUAAUGUUAGAAUAACAGGCACUAAAUCAGGUAGAAACAGGUUAGGGAAUUGGGGGCUCCAGAAUGGGUGAACUAAAGAGGUACUUGCUUUUUUCUUUCUGGCCGAGUGUGGGGCCUGGCCGGCUGGGUGGCUGAGUUCCCUGUGUUGCACCUGGGUCCGACUGAAGGGCUGCUGUGCCCUUUCUGAGGGUUCACGUCACACCGAGGUCACUUACUCUGGGAAGGAGUUGCUCCUACAGGCCUUCCCUCUUUUCUUUAACUUUUAAAAUCUAACGUGCUCCCUCCGUUUUGAGAAGGAACAUUUGUCUGAAAGAAUGCUUUGUGGAGCUUCCCAGAUCUCUGCAAAGAUCAGCAUCACCCUUUUUUUUUAUCAGUUCCGAUUGGGAAUGAUCUAGAAAUUGGAGAAAAUAUUUUUCUUUUGGGGGGAAGCGAAAUGGAGAGGCUUUAAACUGUGAGUCUGAGCUGAUGGGAAAUUGGGGGCUGGGUAGCAUCUGCCAGGUUCUGAAGCUCAUAAGCUGGGCAGCCCCAGGUGGUGGCAGUGCCUUGGGGGCAUGCAGGAGGAAGCUAGUGCAAUGGCUGGGAAUGGGGAGAGGGGGGCAGCUAUGGCUUUUUCCAGAGAUCUGCCAGGAAGUUUUCCUAAGGAGCUGGCGAAGCCCUCUUUCUCAGGGCUUGAAAGAGGCAGGGAGGUGUCCCGGGGCCGGCUCUUGCAGAGGACUCAGGCUUCUCUGCCAGGUAGGCACAGCCCCUCCAAAUGGCAUACUGAGUGAGCCCACGUGUGCUUGUGCUUAGCUAUCAAGUUUGUGUCAGCUGUUACAUGCUUUCACUGUGUUGUUGCUGUAGUUUUGGCAGUGUGAUAAUGGGAAGUGAAGCCACACAAAAGUGCUUUUGUGAGCAGAGCAGCAGGAAGAUCUGCCCCUCCCCUCUUGCUCUGUGAAGGGGCAUUUGCAGCUUGGCUGCUGUGACCCCUUCAGAAGGGCUGGGCCUUGGUGUGCAGGAGCCGAGGUGGAAGCCUGACCCCGAGUCCCGGUAUGUUGUCCCAGAGAGUCUUGUUGAUGGUAGGAUUGCCUGUCCAUGUAAAAGGGAGGUCGAACAUGCCAGCCUUCGUUGUUUUAUUUGGUUCAUUUCUGCCUGGGAGCCCUUUGUGGCCUUGUGUAAAUGGUUGGGAGGAGGAAGUUGGAUUCCACCUGUCUGGGGCUCUGAGGGCUUCUUUGAAAGACCCUGCAGUCCCUGUGGGUGCUCCUGGUUAAGGCUGUGCCAGGCUUUCUCCUUCAGAUCCCCUAGAGGCAGGCAUCCCCCUCUUCUUGUCUUGGAUGCUAAGGUCCAGGACGACUUAUACAAAUUUUAAUUCUCAGUGAUUACACUCUUGAGAGAGAAAUAUGAUUUAGAUCAGGGCCCCACCUGAGUCCUUUUUAUGCUAUAAAAUUCUCCCACAGGAAAAGAAAACACAUUUAUAAUUUGAAUUUAUAUGCUGUGGUGAUGUGAGUAGCUGUAAAUACCAGAAAAUGCAACAGUCUCUUCAGGUUAAAACAAAAAAAGUCCAGAACUGGCUGCUCUGGUGCACGUCCAUCCAGUGUCAGUCACUGGACAAGGAUGGUCCUGUUCCAUUCGUGGAUCUUGCCAGAGAAGCCUCACUCGGCUUUUCUGAACUAUGAUUCUAAUAUUAGAAUUAGAAUUAAUUCUAAUUAAUGCAUGGUGAUUGCUCUGAUACCUGUCACCAUGAAGAAUUUAAAAAAUGGCACUAAAGUAUUAAAAGUUGUAGUAUUAGAAGUUUUAGAAAAGGAGUUAAUGAAAAACUAUAGCUAAAUAUUAUUUUGUGAAAGUUCUAGGGUAUUUAAUAUCUUUGGACAAAAGCAAAUAUUUUGAUACUUUUUCAGUGACUAAGAAAAACAGGUUUUUGGAAAGAAAUGUCUUGAGUUACCCUGAGCUUUUCAUGGCAGGAAAAAAAUGUCCAUUUUCUGUUUUCUCCUGAUGACCUCCUCCUUCUACCAAGGUGUGUUGGAACUGACGUAGGAAGUAGGAUGCAGCUGGGGGGUAUUGUUCUCAGCCAGUGACGUUUCCUUCCAUGGCCCGAUGCCCUCAGUGUGUUCUUUGUUUACCAAAUAAAAGGACUGCCUCCUGGAUUUCCUCUGGAGCUGCGUGUACCACCAGGGACCACCAGUGCCCUGCUCCUACUCUGCCCAGCCGUCUGGCAUCUCAGAGUUAAAAGUAGGUGAAUGGAGAGGAUGUGUUUCACUUGUAAAAAUGACAGCAAAAGGGCCACCACCAGUGGAGGCAGACAGGUUUUUGCUGCUAUCACGUGGUUCGACUAGCUUUACCAAGAUGUAGAGCAAAGGAUUCUGCCAGCACGGUUGGUAGUGUCCUGCACUGCCUGCCUGUCUUCUAGGCAGUGGGGAGCAGGGCCGAAUCACACAGCUGGAAUCUCCAGUCCCCACCGAUGGUAGAGCUGGCUGCUGACAAGCAGGGUAAAGUGUGUCAGGACUGUGAGUGAAGGCAGCUCUCCCCCGAGACCCCCACCUGGGGUCACCAAAGCAUUCCUCCUGAAGUAAAUCGAAUUUUCCAUUUUGUUGGGGGAGAAUCGUGCACUACUAGUUGAGAUCAUUUCAAUCACUCUCUCUGCUGGAGGGGAGGGUUUGGCAUCCCUGCUUGGGGAGCACAGGGCAGGUCAGCUAGGGCCCAGGGGGCUGGUGCUGGGUCUGCCAAACACCAAGACUGACGGGUCACUGCUGCUGGAAGGCAGACUUCCGUAUUAAGGGAGACCCCUAUGCUGGCAGGUGGCCACGUCCACUGAUGCCCAAAUGCCUGCCUGGUUGAAUUCUGGCUUUCCAAGCAGCGGGGCUGGUCCUCUGGAGGGGGUGGCAGGCUUCGUCAUCUUAGCUUGGGCACACAGGCUUGAGUUGCCAUUCGUUACGCACGUGAUCCCCUUAGACCCACUGUCCUGGCACUUUAUUGCUAAAGCGUCAGGGGAAAGAGAGGAGGUGUGGAUGGUGUGAUCGUUGAGUCAAACCCAUGAACCCCACAGCAGUGACUUCUCCCCUGCGGCUGUGGAGGUGUCAGCGGGAGCAGGGACCUUGCUAUCAGUGCUCAGGAGAGUAGUGACCACCCUGUGGAUGUAAUCGGAGUGUAACUCAAAUCCUACAAGUCAGAUAGUGUGUGCAAUUUCAUUCAAACUCAUGGCAGAAAAUAACCAGGGACUGUAGGCUGAUUUUCUUUUUAAAGCAGGGAGAAAAAUUGAAUUCUUUCCAAGAGCAGCUUGUGCACAGAAAAAGUCAGACUCUUCCCUUGCUUGAAUCUGGUCUCCAGAAAACCCAGGGAGAGGAAUAGAACGCACUACAGCUGUCUCUGGGCCACAGACGUCAUCGCGGGCCUUGCUGAUUCUCCUGAGAGCAUGUCUUGAGGGAUACAGAGCCUUCCCCAGGCCUGGAAAGCAGGGCCCUCUCAGUGGGCUGCGGGCCAGGGGGCCUCAAGUGGGAUACCAGGUGGGCUGGGAGGACCGAGGCUCUGGAAAGCAGCCGUCUGUCAGAGGGAGCGAAGGACCUGCGUUGUCCCCUCAGAGGGUGUCUGGACUGGGAAGGAAAGAGAGGAAGCAGACGAGUGAAUCCCGCAGUUAGAAACAUUGGGAGGGAGUGGGAGGUAACUAGAACCCUCUGAAGUGUGCCUGAGCAGCGCCAGAGUCUGAGUCCUCUCUGGGCUUCUGCGUGCCAGGAGGGAACUGCCCCCCAGCAUGGCCUGCUGCCUACCCGCAGGGAGGCUGCUUGGGCGCCAGGCUGAGCAGGGUGUCUUCUGAGCUGCAUAUGCAAAUAAUGGGCAUCCCCUCCCUGCCUGGAGCUGCAAUAUCUGCCCCGGGAAAAGGGGGAGCUCUCCAGGCCCAUGGUUCAGGGAUUCUACUUUGUCCAAAAAGCCCACUCACAUAGUGCAAAGGCAGAGCAAAUGUGACUGCUCCUGGAAAGGUUCCCUCUGAUCCCAGUGCCAGAGCCACCUCUCACAAGUGUUGUUGCUCUUGCUUGUGUGUGUGCCUGUGAGUCCAUUAUACUCUUGGCCUCUGCUGGUGCUUCGGGGAUGUUGCUUCAAUUUCCACCUGGGGCAAGGCAGGUGCGGGGGAGGCCAGGAUCUCGGGGUUAGUGCUCAGCUCACCAAAGCCACGACCUUUCCUGUGUCCCAGCUGAGGGGCACUGCCAGCCCAGCCCAAGUUCCCCCUGUGCUCACACAGGGGUCGGUAGGGCCACACUCAGGCUGGGAUUAUUCUGUGACAAGUCCUGGGAAGGCUCUCGCCUGCUGCUGGUGCCUCUGUGGGAGCAGCAGAGGAAAGAAAAGGCUGUGCCUUGUUGGCAGCCCAGACAGGGACUGGGACUGUCCCAGAGUCCCUGGACAAGGCAAGCAAGCCUGUCUAAGGGUGGCCUGCUCCACCAGGUCCUCAGCAGUCCCACCGCCCCCUCAGCCACCUCAUCGCCACGCCCGCAUCUGGUCCAGCUUGCCGGGGGAGUGACCCAGGGGCAGGGAUCAAAAGAGCUUCUCUUUCUCUCCUUUUUUUUUUUUACUGAGGAAGAUUCGCCCUGAGCUAAGAUGUGUUGCCAGUCUUCCUCUACUUUGUAUGUCAGUCGCCGCCACAGCAUGGUUGACAAGUGGUGUAGGUUCGUGCCUGGGAUCCGAACCUGCAAACCCAGGCCGCCGAAGCAGAGCAUGUCGAACUUUAACCACUCAGCCACAGGGCCGGCCCCAUUUCUCUUUUUUCAAUGGCCUGGAAAAUGGUGGCAGAGUUUAACAUUAAGAAACACUAAAAGGGAGGAGUCAAAAGAUGUUAUUGCUAAUUUUUCAGACAGCUCGGCCUUUUGCACCUGGAGCCUUCUGGCCAUUUAGGCUGGAGCAGCCUUCCUCCCUUUGUGCCUUUCUGGACUUUAAUCUUGCCCAGAGCUUAGAACUGUACAAACAGUUAAAUGCCAGUGAGGAUCUAGGUGAGAGAAGCCUGUUCUUUUCAGGAGGGCCACACUUCCAGUGUGUGGAGAGUCCCCUACGUGGACGUAGCUGCAGGGAGAGGUUGCAAGUUGGUUUAGGAAAUUGGUGGGGGUACUGAGGGCUUGACAUUUGCUGCGUGGGCUCUGGUCAUUCGUUCAGGGAUGCUCUCUGCUUAUGAUGUUCACGCACCCAGCCUCACCAGAGCCUGGCUUCCUCCCACCCACCCUGCAGUCACCGGUGUGGAUGCUGUGCUUAAAGCGGGCCUGGGACUUGGCCACAGGCCUUCUGGCUGGGCAGAGUUAGGUUGGUGCUUCACGGUGACAGCAGUUACAGCUGAGCAUCCCAGGAAGGGUGGAGUUGAAGAGUGUGAGGUCAUUGAAAAAUUGCUCUGCAUUUCAAGUCAUGCUUAUAGUUGUUGAAAAGUACAAAUACAGCCUCCGAGCAGCACAACCAGCGGGCGGUGGUCCUCUUCCCUCGCCUGUGCAGACCUCCCAGGAGCAGUCUUGUGGGCCCCUUCUAGCAUCUGUGUGAGUGUGUGCAUCUGUGCUGGCAAAAGAAAGGACUGGUUUCUCUCACACACAUCCCCCUACAAUGGCAAGAGGGCUGCAGUGUUCGUGGAAACAUCCCGAGAGAGGUGUUUCUGUGGUCCGGUGAGUCUGCUGGCAGGCAGCUCAGUGUGCUGCUGUGUGAAGCACGGUUUCCACUCUUUUUUGCCUGAUGAACAACUUCUGCUAGUGUAGAAACUCUUCAUUCCAGAGAGGGUCAGCUGAGAGAAGGUAGUACAAAAACUUUUUAUCCUUUUUCUCAGUCAGUAACAGGAUGCUGAAAUAAGUUGUCUAGAAAAACAAGGAAAAGCUUCUGACGGUCAAGUCCCAGCCAUCUUUAGGCCAGCUGCUUUGCUUCUGCACGUCAAUUUCACUACCUUUUGAGCUGUUGGCACACAGGCGCAUGGUGCGGUUGUGGCUGGAGACCUGGCCAGGCAGGAGGUGGUAAGUGGCUGCCGUCGUCUUUGCCGAAUCAUCUCUGCUGCUCCAUCUGAACAGCAUUGGCAACAACCAUAUCCAGUUACUGCAUCUAGAGGCAGGGGUGAGAUGCCUGU